AGUGACAGUUAGCAUCCUUCAGAGGGUUUGAGAGUGGUGCGCUCAGCUCCCCUGGGACGUUCUGAGUUCUUUCAACUCAAGCAUCUUCAGCGGGAGCUGGGGAAAUGCAGUAUGUCCUAGAGCUACAGGCAGUGUGACAUUAAUGAGAUGCUGUCAUUUGAUAAUUAUGCUUUGUCGCCAUUGCUUGUUGAUUGCUGCCUUUGUGAAAAAAAUAACAUGGCAUUUUUUUUAUUCCUAGGUUUUAGGCUUGUCACUAACUGAAAAGUUUCUUCCAGAUAAUUUCACCAGACUUAAACUGUGGCACUUGAGAAAAUUCCCUGGCCGUUGAGUUGUAGUUCCGUGGAUGUAAUAAAGGUCAAGAAGCUCCUGUAUAAUUUAAACAACAACUCAAAAUGGGGAGCAAAGUUCAUGUUGCUCUUUAAGUGGAAAGUCAAAGUUAAGCAUGUUCGUUUACUUGUGAUGUCUGGAUGGCAACAACGUAAGACUUUCCAGUUGUUGUUGACUGUAGGUUAUAAAAGUGACUUAAAACUGAAAGCCUUAAUUUCUCUUCCUUAUUAUUGCCUGUCUUGAGGAAAGCAGUAACAGAGCUAAUGUUUUCAGUUUAGUACUACUAAAACCCAGGCAUGCCUGUGAGCUAAGAGGAGCUAAAAUCUAAGGGGGACAUUUUGCUGUUAUCAUUGACAGCUGCUGCUGUCCAGAGGAUGCAGCCUGAUGAUAUCUGAGGAACAGCCCAUACCUAGAGGUGUCAGGCAGAGAAUGCACAUCUUAGCUGAACAGUGUGUAUGAACAAUGACAUGAAUAAUGAUGAUUUGCUUUAGUCAGUUCCUGAACUAUAGAAAUGUAAAAGCACAAUCCCUGAAGUCUCAAGCAAGGUUCAUGCUCCAGACCCUGACUUUCGCUGGGGUGCUGGGGGAACCGGAUAAUGUGGAAAGUGACUGCUCUAGUGGCUUAGCACAGCACCACCUGACAAAGCACCCAGAGAACAAACAGCAAAACUGUGAAUCAUUCAUUUUGGAGGAGGACAGGAGAGCCAAUGGCAUGGCACAGUGGGGCAGCUAUGACCAGCCUGAAGGAAAUCUGUCGUGGCCUUCCUCUAAACCCUUUGCCUGAAAACAGAGGUCGGAGGAAAGGAAUACCCCAUGCACCUGUGAGAACCCCUAAUCUCACUGCUCAGGAGAAAAAGCUUGCUUUGCGUAACGCCUUGCGUUAUUUCCCACCUGAAAUACAAAAGAAGUUGGUGCUGGAAUUUGCUGAAGAACUCAGGCUCUAUGGACAUAUCUACAUGUACAGAUUCUUUCCAGAUAUUGAGAUGAGAGCGUACCCCAUCAAAGACUAUCCUUGCAAGACCAAGUCAGCUGCUGCCAUUAUGCUGAUGAUCAUGAAUAAUCUGGAUCCCUCAGUGGCUCAGUUUCCCCAGGAGCUUGUCACUUACGGAGGAAAUGGGCAGGUCUUCAGCAACUGGGCACAGUUCUGGUUGGUAAUGCACUAUUUGUCAGAAAUGACUGAAGAGCAAACAUUAGUAAUGUACAGUGGACAUCCUCUGGGACUCUUUCCCAGCCAUCGAUACGCUCCUCGGUUAAUCAUUACUAAUGGCAUGGUUAUUCCCAACUAUUCUACCAGAGAUGAAUAUGAGAAAAUGUUUGCUUUGGGAGUAACAAUGUACGGCCAGAUGACUGCAGGAAGCUACUGCUACAUUGGACCUCAGGGAAUAGUCCAUGGGACUGUGCUCACAGUGCUGAAUGCAGGCCGUCGCUACUUGAAGGCAGAAGACCUAUCCGGAAAGGUGUUUGUUACUUCUGGUCUUGGAGGGAUGAGUGGGGCUCAAGCAAAGGCUGCAGUCAUUGCUGGGUGUGUGGGGAUCAUUGCAGAGGUUGAUGAAGCAGCGCUUUUGAAACGUUACAAGCAGGGCUGGCUCAUGGAAAUCUCUAACAACCUGGACCAUUGCAUUGCUAGUCUUAGAGAUGCAAGAAAGAAUAAAAUUGCCCUUAGUUUGGGUUACCAUGGGAAUGUAGUAGAUCUGUGGGAGAGGCUAGUGUAUGAGCUGGACACAACAGGAGAGCUGCUAGUUGAUCUGGGGUCUGACCAAACUUCAUGUCAUAACCCAUUCAGUGGGGGAUAUUAUCCAGUCCAGCUUGGCUUUGAGGAAGCAAAGCAGCUCCUGUCCACCAAUCCAGGGAAGUUCCGGACCAUGGUACAAGAGAGUCUGAGGAGACACGUGGCUGCUAUUAACAGACUAGCUGAUAAGGGCAUGUUUUUUUGGGAUUAUGGCAAUGCAUUUCUCUUGGAAGCUCAAAGGGCUGGUGCUGAUGUUGAGAAAAAAGGAGCCAAUAAAACAGAAUUCAGAUAUCCUUCCUACGUUCAGCACAUCAUGGGGGACAUUUUUUCCCUGGGAUUUGGGCCAUUCCGCUGGGUUUGUACCUCAGGUGACCCACAGGAUCUUGCUACCACUGACUCAAUUGCCAUGUCUGUGUUGGAGGACUCCAUUCGUCAGGGAGUGAGCACAUCUGUGAAGCAGCAGUACCAUGACAACAUCCGCUGGAUUCGGGAAGCUGGCAGGCACAGCUUGGUUGUUGGCUCUCAGGCUAGAAUCUUAUAUUCUGAUCAGAGGGGUCGUGUGUCUAUAGCCGUGGCUAUUAAUCGAGCGAUUUCCGAAGGAAGGAUUAAGUCUCCGGUAGUCCUCAGCCGAGAUCACCAUGAUGUGAGCGGGACUGACAGUCCUUACAGAGAAACGUCAAACAUUUAUGAUGGAUCCGCCUUUUGUGCAGACAUGGCAGUACAAAACUUCGUAGGAGAUGCGUUCAGAGGAGCAACCUGGGUUGCCUUGCACAAUGGUGGUGGAGUUGGCUGGGGUGAAGUGAUCAAUGGAGGAUUCGGCUUGGUUUUGGAUGGGUCCACAGAGGCUGAAGAACGAGCUAAGAUGAUGCUCAGCUGGGAUGUUUCCAAUGGAGUUGCAAGACGCUGCUGGUCAGGUAAUGACUACGCUUAUGAAACAAUCUGCCAAGCAAUGAAAGAGAAUGUCACAUUGAAAGUGACUCUUCCUCAAAAGGUGGUAGAUGAAGACAUCUUAGAGCAAGCCCUGCAAAGUUAGUGGUAUUCCAAGUGCAAUGUUGUCCUGGCAGAAAUAUUUGAAGCUGCUUCCUUGAUAUCCUACCUGUGCAAUUGAUAAAAACCUUGCAACUGU